UCUGCCCCUUUGACUACUACAUCUACUACUGCCCAGCUCCAGGAGAGGUAACAGCCGUGCUCAGACCCCUGUACUCUUCCAGGAUCUGGGCCCUGCCUUGUACCUCUCUGCCCCCCUCCUCUGACUAUCUUAUGACCGUGACCAUGGCUGACAUCAACAACGGUUAUGAACAGAAGUUCCAGACGGACAGACAUCAUAAAGAGAUUGACCUGAUCAACAGAGACCCCAAGCAAGUCAACGAGGAUGUAGUGAAGGUAGACUUUGAGGACGUGAUCGCUGAGCCUGACGGGACUCACAGUCUGGACGGGGUGUGGAAGGCCAGUUACACCACCUUCACUGUGUCCAAAUACUGGUGCUACCGUAUCCUGUCUGCCAUUUUGGGGAUCCCCAUGGCUCUACUGUGGGGUUUCCUAUUUGCCUGCCUCUCCUUCUGCCACAUCUGGGCUGUGGUGCCGUGCAUUAAGAGCUGCAUGAUAGAGUCCCAGUGUUUCAGUCGUAUCUACUCCCUGGCCAUACACAUCUUCUGCGACCCGCUAUUUGAAGCCCUGGGAAAGAUAUUCUCAGGUGUUCGGGUGGUGCUACAGAAGGAUGUGUAAGGUUCAGAAGCAUGGGUCAGAUUAAUAAUUGGAUAGGGUAGUGAUGGUGCUGCACCGUCUACUCUCCACUCUAAAGUAGGCCACUUCCCUGGCCACAUAUCUGGUUGCUGAUGCUGG